GCCCUUUCUUACACGCAUUUCAGAGAGAGAUAGAGAGAGAGAGAGAGUUGUUAAUGGCGGGAGACAGCCAAAAGGAGCUACAGCUGUUGCCAUGUCGGCCAUCGGAUCAGGCGGUGAGGAAGCAGAAACCGACGGUGCAGAUGAUGACAGGCUCGUCUGCGAUGAUGAUACAGCAUGAUCUCGACCUCAAGCUCUCCAUCGCCACGGCGGCGGCGGAGCAUCCGUACGGUCUGGAGACGGUGAGGUGGCAGGCGGCGGAGCAUAUAAGGCUCGCUGCCAUUGAGAAGGCUUACGCCCAGAGGGUCAGAGAGUUGACUCGAAGGGAGAUGGAGUUGGCUCAGUCCGAGUUCGCCCGCGCCAGGAAGAUAUGGCAGAGAGCGAGGGAGGAAGUGGAGAAAGCCGAGCGGUUGGAGGAAAGGGCAAUGUGCAUGGAGAUUGCUAAUUGCCACUCCUGCAGGCAGAGGUUUAGGCCCUAAAACACCUAAUUAAUUACAAUGGAUAUAUUAAUUUAAUCAUGAGAAGGAGAUCAUUGGUUUCACUGUCGGAAAAAUAAUAAGAACUUUCUUUUGGGGGUUUUACUGUUUUAGGGUUUCCGAAUUUGGUGUAUAUUGGGAUCUUUGUUUUCCUCCAAAUCUAAGGAUGGUUUCUUGCCCUAAAACCUCCUUAUUUACCAAGGAAGAUCGUAAUAUUCUUUUUCAUUUCUCA